AUGGCCUGGAGUCCCCUACUUCCGGCCCAGCCUCCACCCCACUUCCGGAAGUCCCAAGUUCCACCCACCAGAGUCCCUGACAGUCGUCGUCAUCUCCCACAGAGGCUCCAGCCCACACUGGUGCUGGCGACGUUGAGUGCAGCCUUUGGCUCAGCCUUCCAGUACGGCUACAACAUUGCCGUGGUCAACACACCACACAAGGUCUUGAAGUCAUUUUAUAAUGACACCUACUUCGAGCGACAUGGAACAUUCAUGGACGAGAAGGUCAUGCUGCUCCUGUGGUCUUGCACUGUCUCCAUGUUUCCUCUGGGCGGCUUGUUGGGGUCACUGAUAGUUGGCCUGAUGGUUGACAAAUGUGGCUGGCCCGUGCUCUUGGCACUCACGGGGGUUCCUGCGCUGCUACAGCUGCUGUCUCUGCCCUUCUUCCCCGAGAGCCCACGGUACACCCUGAUUCAGAAAAGAGAUGAAGACACAGCUCGCCAAGCUCUGAGGAAACUGAGGGGCUGGGCUGAUGUGGACGACGAGAUGGAAGAAAUGCGUGUGGAAGGCGAGGCUGAGAAGGCUGAGGGCCGCCUGUCCGUGCUCAAUCUCUUCACCUUCCAGCCUCUGCGAUGGCAGCUCAUCUCCAUCAUCGUUCUCAUGGCCGGCCAGCAGCUUUCCGGGGUCAACGCGAUCAACUACUAUGCGGACACGAUCUACGCAUCUGCUGGGGUGGAGGCCGAUCACUCCCAGUAUGUCACAGUGGGUGCUGGCGUGGUCAACAUCGUGAUGACCGUCAUCUCGGCUUUCACCGUUGAGUGGCUGGGGAGACGGCGCCUCCUGCUGGUCGGCUACGGCAUCUGCGGCUCGGCCUGCCUCACGCUGACGCUGGCGCUCCUCUUCCAGAGCACGGUCCCGGAGCUGUCUUACCUUGGUGUCAUCUGUGUCUUCGCCUACAUCGCGGGACAUUCCAUCGGGCCCAGUCCCGUCCCCUCCGUGGUGAGGACUGAGAUCUUCCUGCAAUCCUCCCGGCCGGCCGCCUUCAUGGUGGACGGGGCAGUGCACUGGCUCACCAACUUCAUCGUGGGCUUCGUGUUCCCUUCCAUCCAGGAGGCCAUUGGGGCCUACAGUUUCAUCGUCUUUGCUGGAAUCUGCCUCCUCACUGCUGUUUACAUCUAUGUGGUGAUUCCUGAGACCAAGGGCAAAACGUUUGUGGAGAUAAAUCGAAUUUUUGCCAAGAGAAACAAAGUUGAGAUUCCAGAGAAGAAAGAAGACGUCACAGAUGUUGGGCCUCACAUACCCUCUGCGCCUGCCACGGAAACUUCCUUUUAA